AUAUAGUGAAUGCAGGGUCCGGGGAGACCGAUAUAGUGAAUGCAGGGUCCGGGGAGACCGGAUAUAGUGAAUGCAGGGUCCGGGGAGACCGGAUAUAGUGAAUGCAGGGUCCGGGGAGACCAGAUAUAGUGAAUGCAGGGGUCUGGGGAGACCAGAUAUAGUGAAUGCAGGGUCCGGGGAGACCAGAUAUAGUGAAUGCAGGGUCCAGAGAGACCAGAUAUAGUGAAUGCAGGGUCCGAGGAGACCAGAUAUAGUGAAUGCAGGGUCCGAGGAGACCAGAUAUAGUGAAUGCAGGGUCCGAGGAGACCAGAUAUAGUGAAUGCAGGGUCCGAG